AUGUUGCGCGCCGAACGAAACCGACAUGAUGUCAAGAGCGAUAAGAUGCGAAGGAUCCUGGGGCUGGACCACUCUGGUGGUGUCAUGUCCUCAGUCCUCCAGGUUAGGAGCCGCGCCCUUUCUCUAACAGGCAGUGUUUUGGGAUUGAAGGGCGAGUCUUCCAGUCCACCAGGCCUCGGUAACAUGGACAACUCAUGCUACCAGAACAGCAUUCUCCAAGGACUUUCAUCUCUGAAACCUCUACCCGAAUACCUCUCUGCCUACCUUGAAGCGUCCGACGACAGUGGCGAUCAAGAUGUCGCACAAACAUUACGAACAUUAAUCAACGAUCUCAACGACGGAACGAAUUACGGAAGAACACUAUGGACUCCUGGCGUACUCAAGUCAAUGAGCACCUGGACACAACAAGAUGCUCAAGAAUACUAUUCUAAAAUACUAGACGAUGUCGACAAAAGCGUUGCCAAAGCUGUCAAAAGCGUGCAACCUCAACACCCCGGCCUCGCGGUUAAAAUGGAUAAGGACGAUACAACUGCGAGCGAACACAGCGACGACAGUGGUUAUCAAAGUAUAGUUCAUUCACCGGAAACUAAUUUACCUCAUAACCCGCUGGAAGGUAUGCUCGCGCAAAGAGUUGCCUGCGUCCAGUGUGGUCAUUCCGACGGACUAUCCAUGAUCCCUUUCACAUGUCUGACGUUAAGUCUGGGCUUGAACAAAAACCAACACGACCUGUAUGAACGGCUGGAUGCGUACAGCAAGGUGGAGGCGAUUGAGAAUGUCGAGUGCACCAAAUGUACUCUCAUCAGGACUCAGCAACAACUAUCGGCAAUGGCAAACAAAAUGCAGGCAAGCGGGUCGCCUAACGAGAAGGUUGUAGAGCAUCUAAACCAGCGACUGGAGGCAGUCGAGCUCGCCUUGGAAGAAGAUGACUUUGACGACAAGACGUUGACUGAAAAGUGUAAGAUCUCGGCUCAGAACAAAGUCAGUUCCACAAAGACCAAGCAAAUUGUCGUUUCACGGCCACCAAAAAGUUUGGCGAUUCAUAUGCAACGAUCGGUGUUUGACCCCUCCACCUUCAAUAUGAUGAAGAACUCAGCGCCAGUCGAUUUCCCCAUGACGCUAGAUCUCGCGCCUUGGUGCUUGGGCAGCACCGGUUCUAAUCCGCCGAACGAAAGAUUGAAGCUGGAAGAAGAAUGGGUUACUGACCCUCAAAAAUCCAUGGUAGCCGGUGAUCAGGGCUCAAGCAAGCUUUCGGGGCCUAUUUACGAACUUCGCGCGGUUGUAACGCAUUAUGGGCGACACGAGAAUGGCCACUAUAUAUGUUAUCGCAAGUAUCCACGACGCAGCCCUCCUACCAAGGCAGCCGAGGAUGACGAGCCUGACAGCAAGGCCGGCACUCAGUCGGAGCCCAGCACGAAUGAAAAAGAAAGGGACGAGCCCGAAAUGAAUUGGUGGCGCUUGAGCGACCACAAUGUCUCCCAAGUCAGCGAGGAUGUGGUCUUGAGCCUUUCCCCUGGCGUGUUCAUGCUCUUCUACGAUUGCGUAGACCCUAGCAUGGUCAUGAACGAUGAAGACGACAUCAACAUGCAAGAUGCACAUGAAGUCACGGAUGUAGAUGCCGUAAACAGGCUGGUCGGUGCCACAGGAACUACUGCCCCGAUCGACCAGGGGCUCCAAAGCCAAAAGGCUAAUGUGACGCCAGAAGAGCCAUCUGUACAUAAAGAAGAUGCCACGUCAUGUAGCGCAAAUGGCCAAACUGAUGAAACGAUAACGCGCGGCUCGGAUUUGGCUGCUGCAAACACACCUUCACUGGUUCGCAUCGAGCCAUAA